AUGUUCUUCGCGCUCAAUUGGGCGUACGACCCCAGCGAUUCGGCCGCGUCCAAAGACCAAUCAGCUAACGCGUCGGUACCGAAACCAUCGCCGCUUGCUUCAAAGUCUUACCGUGAUGCUGUUGUUGGGACCCCGAAGCGAUCGUCCAUCAUGCGGCGAGAUUAA